ACCCGGAAGUAGUUACGGAGCUCGGCCGAGAGGGCGCGGUGUGAGUUGUGUGCCGUUGUUUUCCCUCGCUCGCUGGUCCUGCCGCCGCUGCCGCCGCCGCCGCCGCCGCCGCCGCCGCCGCCGCCGCCAUCAUGGGGAAGCGACAGCACCAGAAGGACAAGAUGUACAUUACCUGUGCUGAAUACACUCACUUCUAUGGUGGCAAGAAACCAGAUAUCGCACAAACAGAUUUUCGUCGUCUACCUUUUGACCACUGCAGUCUCUCUCUACAGCCCUUUGUCUACCCGGUCUGCACCCCCGAAGGCGUCGUCUUUGACUUGCUGAACAUUGUCCCUUGGCUUAAGAAGUAUGGGACCAACCCCAGCAACGGAGAGAAACUGGACGGGAGGUCCCUGAUCAAGCUGAACUUUGCAAAGAACAGUGAAGGGAAGUACCACUGCCCUGUGCUGUUCACCGUCUUCACCAACAACAGCCACAUCGUGGCCAUCAGGACCACUGGCAACGUCUACGCCCACGAGGCGGUGGAGCAGCUAAACAUCAAGGCCAAGAACUUCCGAGACCUGCUGACCGACGAGCCCUUCUCCCGGCAGGACAUCAUCACCCUACAGGACCCCACCAGUUUGGACAAAUUCAAUGUCUCCAACUUCUUUCAUGUUAAGAAUAACAUGAAAAUAAUAGACCCAGAUGAAGAAAAGGCCAAGCAGGACCCAUCUUAUUAUUUGAAAAACACGAACACGGAGACCCGAGAGACGCUGCAGGAGCUCUACAAGGAGUUCAAAGGGGACGAGAUGCUGGCGGCCACCAUGAAGGUCCCCGAGAAGACAAAGGUGGACAGGUUGAACGCUGCCCACUAUUCCACCGGGAAGGUCAGCGCCUCCUUCACCUCCACUGCCAUGGUUCCCGAGACCACGCAUGAAGCAGCUGCCAUUGAUGAGGACGUGCUGCGCUACCAGUUCGUGAAGAAGAAGGGCUACGUGCGGCUGCACACCAACUUGGGUGACCUCAACCUGGAGCUGCACUGCGACCUGACGCCAAAAACCUGUGAGAACUUCAUCAAGCUUUGUAAGAAGCAGUACUACGAUGGCACCCUCUUCCACAGGUCCAUCCGAAACUUCGUGAUACAGGGGGGUGACCCCACGGGCACAGGCACAGGGGGGGAGUCGUACUGGGGAAAGCCCUUCCGAGACGAGUUCCGGCCCAACCUCUCGCACACGGGCCGCGGUGUCCUCAGCAUGGCCAACUCGGGGCCCAACACCAACAAGUCUCAGUUCUUCAUCACCUUCCGCUCCUGCGCUUACCUGGACAGGAAGCACACCAUCUUCGGGCGGGUUGUUGGAGGCUUUGACACACUGACGGCCAUGGAGAAUGUGGAGAGUGACCCCAAAACUGACCGCCCUAAGGAGGAGAUUCGCAUGGACUCCACCACAGUGUUUGUGGACCCCUACGAGGAAGCCGACGCCAAGAUCGCUGAGGAGCGGAAGAAGACGCGGCUGGAGGCAGCGGCCCUGGAGAGCACAGCCAAGACCAGCCAGCCCCAGCAGGGGAGCCAGGGCCCCCAGACGUACCGCCAGGGAGUGGGCAAGUACAUCAGCCCGGUGGUCACGAAACGGGUAGCAGAGGAAGAGCCCUCCACCAGUGCAGCUGUCCCCGUGGCCAAGAAAAAGCCCAGCCGAGGUUUUGGGGACUUCAGCUCGUGGUAGCAGGCUGGCUGCUCUGGAUUCUGGACGGCCUGGCCCUGUCUCCACGUCUGCUCCUCUGCCUCAGUCAGGAGGGUGAAGCCAGCUGGCUCCCGCUGUUCCUGGCAAAGGGCGAGCAGAGGUCCUGGGAGCUGGUGUCUGUCGUCCCCCCAGCCCCUGCCAACUCCUCUCCAGCCUCAGGGCCUGGCCUUGUGCUCACACACGACCUGGGGACCUGCUCGGUGGUGUCUCUUUCUACUGAAGAUCUUCAAAGCCUGCCCUUUCCGCGCCCUCCAUCCCACAGUCCUCCUGACUGUGACGCUGCUCCCUUGGCUUCCAGAAGCUCCCAUGGAAGCUGAGGGACAGCUGCCUCCUCCCAGGGCCCGUCUACUCCCUCUGCAAGGCCAACAGGGUCAUCACUGCCCUCCCCUACUCAGCACUUGUGUCCUCGGGUCAGCAAGGCCACCACCCCCUUGGGCUCUGGUCCCGUUUCUCUCCUUUCCUGCCUCACCCGAAACCUCACGUCAGUGAGUGCCAACAGCUCUUACUUCUAGAAGGUACUGUGGCUCUUUCCGCGUCUCUGCUUCUGAGCCCUGGGCCUGUCUCACUUGCCUCCUCUGAGCCUCAUGUGCAGGUCCCCACGGAUGGUGGUGCCUUCCCUGCACACGGACCCACCGUGCAGCCCGUCCUCCGAGGCCCCUGCCCACGACCAUCAGCUGGGACCUGGGCUCGACGGUGACCUUUCCAUUCCCCCGAUGCCUUGGGCCAGGCUGCCGUCCCUCACGUCUUCCCAACCCUCUCCACUGAGGGGCUUACACGCCCGUGCUGUCUCCGGGAGCUGGGGUCACGGGGAGGAGGUGGCCGGGCCUGGUGACGGCCAGCCUAAGUGCCCUUGUGGGCCACACAGGGACGCUUGCCUAGGGCGCCUGGACCCCCAGAUUGGGGGCUCCACCCUCAGCAGCUCCUUGGCUACCCCGUCAGGUCACGAGACCCGUGAUGCCGCUAACUAGGAGACAUUGGAUGUUGGAAGCUUUAUUUUUAAACCUCACAGACAGAGGACGGAGAGCCGGACGUGGGGCCAGAGGAAGCCUGUGCAUGUGAGCUUGGCAGUCCUGCUUGAGGGGCAAACCUUUGGGCUGGCCUGGGCUUCUGUCCAUCCGUCUGUCUGGCAGCCAUGCCCAACUGCCCUGAGGGAAGGCCAGCCACCCUGGGCUGCAGCCCCGCGGUGCCACCCACAGUGAAGGACAGGCCUGCCCAGAGUCUUUGACAAAUGAGGGUUUACAUUUCUGUAGGUCGUUUUGAGCUUAAAUUGUAGUUUUCUAGACAUUAAAAACAUUCAGAUUUUGUUAAUUCCCUGGUGAGGUUAUCAGGUAAAUUAAACGACUUUUUAAACAACUCCCAUUUCUGAUCCCUCCUAAUAUCUGACAGAUGCCAUCAAGAAUAAGCAUUAAGGUAUAAAAAUACUGUAUAUGUACUGUGCAGAAGACAUUACAUAGUUUAACUUAAAUGCAUUUAUAAUCCUGGCAUCACCUCCCACUCUUCGCAAGGAAAAAAAAUAUCUUAAAUAAAUAAAAGUCACAGGGUGAUAUUUACUGUUUAGGAAUUUAAAAGGGUGGCGCAUCCCAGCACUUGACCAGGUCUCGUGAGUGUCCGUCCUCGAAGCUGCUCACGGUCAGUUCAUUUGGUUUCAAAAGGAGCUCGGAUUUUGCAGAAGACUAACAAGAAAAGUGUUAAGAGUCUUUGUUGGUGUCAGCUACAAAAAUACAAAAGUCAUCAUGGACCACUGGUAAAAACACUUCGAUGCCACCACAGAGACGGCACAAAACCAAAGUGCUCAGAGCAGAGGAGCAGUAACUGUGCCCAGAACAUACAAAACCUCUAAAUAUAAGUUGAGUGUAUACAAAGGAAUUUUAGGAGGUUCCUCAGCGUCAGGAAGCAUCUUUUGGAGAAGCAGCUGGGCCACAGGCUGAAGCUUGGGGAGGAGGCCCGGCUGAGGAGCCGCUGGCUCAGGUGGGGUCUCAGGGAUUUGUACUCACGUCUCAGGGAAGGUGCUGGCUGGGCCUUCACGGGGCACUGAGGACCAGGCCCAGGGCCCAGCUUGGGAGGCGGCAGAGUGCCUGCAGUGGAGGUCUGCGCUGUGCCAAGCACUUCCCUUGGCAACUUGAGAUGCAUUCAGGCCCGCUGGUCACCCUCGUGGACGACCCGGCAGGCAGCGCACUCCCCACGAUCCAGGCUGCAGGUCCAGGCAGAGAUGGUGUCAAAGGGAAGCCCAGGUGAGUGGCUGGGGGUCAGGGGAGGGCCACCCACCAACUGGCAGCCAGUCCCUCUCUGUCCCCAGCCAGCUCACGCUUGUGGCCAUAGGACUAACCUCGUCUGAAGGAGUUUGGGAGCCGGCCUGUACCCUCCUCUCUUCCCCCCGCCCUCAGCCCUCUCUCUGACCCUCAGCACUGGGGUCCCGGGAGUCUCAUGACCCGGUGACCACACUGAUGGCCCCCAGACGCCCAGUGGCAGGCUGGGCCCACUGGCCAGAGCCAGGUAGAACACUGAAAACGAAAACUGUUGUGGGAAUGCCUUUUGGCCUCCAUUCUCUGCAAAGCGGCCAAAACCCGUGGGUGGUGCCCACUCUGUGCAUAGGCACAGUAAGUCGGAACUUGAACCUGUGGCAGAAACGCAGGACUCGGGAGGCCGGCUGCUGGGCCUUGCCUGUGUCGGCCCACAGGACAGAACCAGGGAGGCACGGGGACCUGUUGAGCAAACCAAACAUCUUCACUGCAAAGUUUAAACCUGUCUUCCAACUGUAACCUUUUCCAAAAUUUUAAAACUAUCUGGCAAAUGUUAAAUUUGGAAGCUUAGCCUGCUCUGGCCUCUUUCAAAUAUGCAAAAAAUAAUUCUUUUUUUUCAAGUACAUCAGAGUAGAAAAGGAAACCUGAUUUCCCUUGGUCCAGCGCGUUCCACUCUUAACUCCAUGGACCAGCCGCCCAGUGCCUGACCUGGAGCCCCCAUGGGCCUGGGCCUGGGCCUGCACACUGGCCCAAGACCGUCUCUGCUAACGACUCGUUCACUCGCCUGUGAGAUAAGGAAGCUACUGGCUUAAAUAAACAUGUUACAUUAGACGCAUUUCUCUAUAGCUUAUCUAAAAUGUUAUUACUGGUGGCCUCUGUUUUUGAACAAGGCUAAAAACACCCUUGGUGCAUAGAUUCAUAGAUUUCUGAGAGAUUCCUAAGUAAGCACUGCCCUCACAGCUCAUCUGCAAGAAGAAUAACCAACGUUGUUGUUCCGCGAAUCGGGGAGAAGUUACCAUACCUUCUCUCCAAACAAGAGGGGAACCUGGCUCUCCGAAGAGACCUCCCUGUGGGCUUUGGGGCUUCGGUCUGGUUUUCUAUCAAACACGAAAGAGCACAGCCAUACUAUCUUAAAGGCAUUGGUUAAAGAAGGUGUUAGCUGGAUGGAUAAGUCACCAGUUGGUUAGGUCUUUUCUCUACAUCUUGAGAAAUUAGAAAAAGGGCAUUGAAACUUUUCAGAAAUAACCGUGUUAUUGAAGAAGACACAGAUCAGAGGGACGCCUUACCCAGGGGAUUGGCCUGGAGAGGCCGCCUGUGAGGCUCGAGUUCAAGAAACACUGCCAUCAGAUGUGCCUAUGUUUCCAUUACUUAUACCGUCUUUUUCACAAAAUCGUAUUCAAAAGAGAACAGGAAGUUUUCACUUUACUCCCAACCAUUGUCUUUGAUCAUGUGAGCAAGCUCAAUGAUAAAUUUUCCUUCCUUAUAUUUCUGACUGCUCUCAAAGGCGUGUUCCUUGAAAAGAGAGA